GUACAGUAGCAGACAUCACUUCUGCUGAACCUACUACCACUGUAUCAAAAGCCACCUCAAUAGAAACACCUACCACAACUGCUAGCACUACCACUGAAGCUACAACCACAACAGCCACCAUUACAGCGUCUACUGAACCUGUAGCCACCACAGCAGCUACCACAUCAAGUGAACCAACUGCCACAACAACUUCUAGCACUAUCACUGAGCCCACAACCGUAGUUACUGCUAACUCUUCUAACAAACCUGCAACAACCACAGCAACUAUCACUUCAAGUGAAUGAGCUACCACAACAGCUGCCAGUACUACAACUCAGGUUAUCUCCACAAUGUCCACCACUGCUGCUCCAACCAAACCUACAGCAGAAACCACUUCAGUUGAACCCUCAACCACAACAGCAGCUACCACUUCAACAGAACCAGCUGUCACAAUGAGUGCCAGCACUACCACUGAGGCUAUCCCCACAACAGCCACAACUAUGACUUCUAGUGAACCUACAACAACCACAGUAGCCACUACUCCAGGUGAACCAACUGCCACAUCAACUUCCAGCACUACCAUUAAAGCUAUAACCACAAUGAUAACUCCCACUUCUGCCAAAUCUACAAUCACCACAGUAACAGACACCACUUCAAUUGAACCAGCUACCACAGUAUCAGCCCCCACUUCAACAGAAACACCUGCGACAACUGCCAGCACUACCACUGAAGCUACAACCUCAACAGGCACCAGUAUGAAUUCCACUGAACUUGCCAUCACCACAGCAGCCACCACUUCAACUGAACCAACUACCACAACAGUAGCCACCACUACAAUAGAACCAAUUACCACAACUGUCAGCACUACCACUGAGGAUACAACAACAACCAUCACUACUGCUUCUACCAGAUCUAUAGCCACCACAGUAGCAGAUGUCAGUCCAGCUAAACCUAGAACCACGAUAUUAGCCACCAGUUCAACAGAACUACCUACAAGUGCCAGCACAACUACUGAGGUUACAACCACCACAGCCAGCACUAACACUUCUGCUGAUUGGUCAUCCACCACAGCUGUCACCACUUCAACUGAACCUACAACCAUCACAGGAGCCACCACACCAAUUGAUCUGACUAUCACAACAGUAGCCACUACUUUAACAGAACCAGCUACCACAACUGACAGCACUACCACUAAGGCUACAACCACAAUGGCUACCACCAUGACUUCUGCUGAACCUGCCACCACCACAGCAGCCACCAUUUCAACAGAACCAACAAUCACAACAGUAGCCACCACUUCAACAGAACCAAUCACCAAAACCACUGUCAGUUCUACUACUGAGGCCACAACAACAAUUAGUACUACAGCUUCUACCAAAUCUACAACCUCCAAAGCAGACACCACUGUAGCUGAACCUCCCACUACCACAUCAGCCACUGCUUCAACAGAACCACCUACCACAGUUGCCAGUACUAGCACUGCGGCUACAACCCAAACAGCCACCGCUAUGACUUACACUGAAUCUGCAUCCACCACAGCAACCACCACUUCAAGUGGACCAACUGCUACAACAACUUCCAGCACUCCCACUGAGCAUACAACCAUACCAGACACCACUGCUGUGUCUGCUGAACCUAUAGCCACUGCAGCAACAGAUAUCACUUCAACUGAAGAUACAACCACAACCACCAUAGCAGCCACCACUUCAAGUAAACCAAUUACCACAACUAUCAGCACUACCAAUAAGGCAACAACCAUUCUAGACACCACUACCACUUCUACCAAACCUAUAACCACCACAGCAGGUACCACUUUAACUGCCAGUACUACCAUUCAGGUUAAUACCACAACAGCCAACAUUAGCACUUCUACUGAACCUACAACCACAACAGCAGCCUCCACUUCAACUGAAACGACUACCACUGCUGCUUCCAGCACUACCCCUGAGGCUGCAACCACAGUAGCCACCAGUGCGACUUCCACUGAACCUGCAACCACCAUGACCACUAAUGGUUCAAGUGAACCCACUGCUGCAACAAAUUCUAGCACUACCACUGAGGCUAUGGCUACGCUGGACAGCACUACUACUGGUGCUGCUGAACCUGUAACCACUACAGCAACAGAUGUCACUUCAACUGGAGCUACAACCAUCACUACAAGUGCAAAUAAUUUUCUAUUGUGCUUAUAG